AUGAUUCGAUUUGGGAAAUCCCCUUAAUACAUUUAAAAGAAUCCAAAAAUAAACCAGACAAUUUAGAGAUUCCUACUCUUUUAGAUAAUUGCACUUGUAUAUAGUAAUAUUCAAUUUAGUAAUUUUUAAAGAUGAUAUAAUUACUUUAAGGAAUAUGGUAAAAGUAGGUAAUCAAGAUGUUAUUGCAAUAUUUAAUCAUUAUAAAAAAGGCAAUAACGAUAAAGAAAAUGAAAAAAGUUCUUACUUGUUAAUCUACAAAAUCAAAUCAAAUCAAAUUUAAAAAGGUUAACAAUUACAAAUAUAGACUUUGCAAAUUAGUCAAAAGAAAUCUUGUUUUGAUUUAUGGAAACCUGGUGAGUCUAUCCCAAAAAACAAUUAAUUUAGGAAAAAUUUAAUUAAUUUGUCAAUGAUGUUCAAUAUUGAGAAAUUGUACACUCAGAUACAAAACGAAUCAAAAGACCUCUACUAAACUAAUGUUUCUGAUAUGCAUUUCAUCAGCCUACUCAAAAUUAAUUAAAUAAUUCUUAAACUACCUAGUAGAGCAGGCAAUUAUUAAAUAGUUAAUAACAUUUAAUAUAAGAUUAGGAGAUUGAUAUCAAUGAAGAAGAUGAUAUUUAAUCUGUAAAAUCAAAUGAAAGCAUUUUAAAUUAAAUUUCUCAACCUCUUCUCCUUUAAUCGAAGACAGAACUCGAAAGAAUGAAAUCAAACUAUCUUAAGAAUUUUAAAUGGACAUUCUUCUUAUCUAUAAAUAAACACUGCUUAAUCUUAUCUUUAACCAAUAUUAGCAAUCUAAGAAAAUCAUUAAACCCUCUUGAAUUAUAAGAAACAGAAAAUGUAAUUUUAGUUAAUGAUUCUCAAAACUACUACAGUAUUUUCAAUUACUAAAAUUAUAAAAAUUAGCAUAACCAUAAUAUUAAAAUUUAUUUACUCAUUGGUCUUACUUAUUACAUAAAUUAGAUAGAUCAGAAUUCGUUUAAAAUUAUAGAUUAGUCCCUUAUAUUAAUGCUACUCCUGAAAAAAUAUUUAUUAUUCUUUUUCCUAAUUCUGGAAGAGUUAAAAUUAGUUAUUUUGCAUUUGAGAAUUAAUUGA